AUGGCCUCCAAACUUCAUUUCACAGGCCUCAGAGACAAGGGCCAACAGCCUCCACCCCGGAAGGAGAGUCUGCCCCUCCCAGAGGCCAACGCUGAAGCCAUUGAAUUCCUCCAAUCCUUAAAGACUUCAGAGCUACACCUUCUGCUGUUCUCCGAGACUCUAGCCAUGGUCUCAGACACGGGGGAGCCCCUGGGAGAGUUGACCAUUGACGUGAAGAAAGGGAAAUAUAAAGACGAGUUUGGGGUCAUCUCAUACUGCCUCAUUGUACACGCCUCCAGCCGUGGAUUCCUGGACAAACUGCUCUGUGGAAACUCCCUCCUGGGCUAUCUCUCAGAGAAAUUGGAGAUCAUGGAGCAACACAGCCAGGAGUACAUCAAGUUCCUUGUCCUCCCAAUGGAAAGAAAGACCACUUUAAUGAGGCAAGAAGAUCAGCUGGCCAUGACAAGGAUGGUCAAGGAAGGGGAGGAAGUAAAGAGCGAACGGAGUGCAUUCUCCUCGAACUCACUUGCUGGCUUCAUCUCUGAGGCCGCCAACCUGGUGAUGCUGAGGCUGAUGGCCUGGCGGCAGAUGGUGCCCAGCAAUGCCCGCUUCCUGACCUUGGACACGGAGGGGAAACUCUGCUAUUCCACCUAUCAACCGCUGGGCUCCCAGACAUUCCAGAUGGGCAGUCAGCAGGAGGAAGUGUUCAUCGUGGAGCAGACGGUACACUCGGAGGAGGGUGUCCCCAUGUCCUGCCAGUACUACCUGUUUCGCGAUGGGCACCUGGCUAAGAGAGUCCAGGUGGGGUCCCCAGGGUACUGCAUCAUCACCAAGAUGCCCAUCCUGAGGGAGGAGGAUGAGCCGGAGCCGCCUCCUGUGUUUGAGAAGAAGCCCUUGGCGUGGGAGGAGGACAUGGAGCUCUACUCGAGGUUCUUGGAACGAAAGGAGGAGCUCCGACUCAGCCACUCCAGCUACUUGCGGCACCACCCCGAUGCCCAAGCGCUCAUCUCGGACUUCAUGCUCUUCCUGCUGCUGCGCCAGCCUGCAGACGUGGUCACCUUCGCGGCCGAGUACUUUGGGUCCUUCUCGGUGCACUACCAGGAGAGCCCGUCGCUGCGCUCCUCCGACUGGUCCAGCCCUUUCCGCCCGCUGCCCUGGAAGCAGCCCCUCGGGAGGAAAGCGUCCUUCUGGGAGAAGAUGUAG